AUAUUUUAGGGUUCUAAAGUAUAGACAUACAAUCCUUCACCUCUCAGGCAAGUUGAUUAGCAAUGGCAUCUUCGAUUUGCAAGCACGCAGCCUUGGCACCAUCUCCGGCCACCUUCCGCUCCACCAAAUUCCCCGCCCUCCCAGUCUACCUCAUCCAAAAUGGGCGCCGUCCAUCCUCCGCCGCCGUCUUCUGCUCCCUCCGCCCUCACUACAUCCCCAACCACAUCCCCGACCCUAACUACGUCCGCAUCUUCGAUACCACCCUCCGCGACGGCGAGCAGUCCCCCGGCGCCACCAUGACCACCAAGGAGAAGCUCGACAUCGCGCGCCAGCUCGCCCGCCUCGGCGUCGACAUCAUCGAGGCCGGAUUCCCCGCCUCCUCCGACGCCGACUUCGAAGCCGUCCAAUUGAUCGCCCGCGAGUUCUCCACCGCCGAUUCCGGCCAUGUUCCCGUGAUUUGCGGCCUCGCGAGGUGCAAUAAGAGGGAUAUCGAGCGGUCCUGGGAGGCCGUGAAGCAUGCCAGCAAGCCUCGGAUCCACACAUUCAUCGCCACCAGUCAGAUUCAUAUGGAUUUCAAGCUGAAGAUGACGCCCGAUCAAGUGGUUCACAAGGCCACCACUAUGGUUGCUUAUGCUCGGAGUUUGGGCUGUCAAGAUGUCGAGUUUAGCCCCGAAGAUGCGGGAAGAUCAGACAGAGAAUUCCUUUACCGAAUUCUGGGAGAGGUUAUUAAGGCCGGGGCAACAACUCUUAACAUCCCUGAUACAGUAGGCUACACUUUGCCCACUGAAUUUGGACAGCUAAUUGCAGACAUAAAAGCAAACACACCUGGAAUUGAAAAUGUCAUUAUCUCAACACACUGUCAGAAUGACCUUGGACUUUCUACUGCUAAUACUAUAGCGGGGGCAUAUUCAGGUGCAAGGCAAGUAGAGGUUACCAUCAAUGGAAUUGGUGAAAGAGCUGGUAAUGCAUCACUAGAGGAGGUUGUAAUGGCCAUAAAAUGCCGUGGGGAGCAAGCUCUGGAUGGUCUUUACACAGGGAUCAAUACUCAACAUAUUAUCAUGGCGAGCAAGAUGGUAGAAGAAUACAGUGGGCUACGUAUCCAGCCACACAAAGCAAUUGUUGGAGCUAAUGCUUUUGCUCAUGAAAGUGGAAUUCAUCAGGACGGAAUGCUGAAACAUAAAAACACAUAUGAAAUUAUAUCUCCUGAAGAUAUAGGACUUCUUCGUUCUAAUGAAUCUGGUAUCGUGCUUGGAAAACUCAGUGGACGCCAUGCUUUGAAAGCCAAAAUGCUGGAGCUUGGGUAUGAUAUUGAUGGAAAGGAACUUGAUGAUCUAUUUUCACGCUUCAAAGCUGUAGCUGGAAAUAAAAAGAAUAUAAGCGAUGAUGACCUAGUAGCCCUAGUUUCGGAUGAAGUUUUCCAGCCACAAACUGUUUGGAAACUUGAAGAUGUACAGGUUACAUGUGGAUCUCUUGGCCUUUCAACCGCAACAGUCAAACUCAUUCAUGCAAACGGUGAUGAGCGUAUUUCUUGUUCGGUUGGGACUGGGCCUGUUGAUGCAGCAUACAAGGCGGUAGACCUUGUUGUUAAGGUUCCUGUAACACUUCUCGAGUAUUCCAUGAGUGGUGUUACUGAAGGCAUCGAUGCUAUAGCCACAACACGUGUUCUAAUUCGUGGCGAAGAUAGUGUAACAGCUACUCAUGCUUAUACAGGAGAAUCUGUCAACCGUGCAUUUAGUGGGACUGGAGCAUCCAUGGACAUCGUCAUCUCAAGUGUUCGAGCCUAUGUUAAUGCCCUCAACAAGCUCCUGGGCUUCAAGAACCGCCUAAAAACUGAAGAUCCCAACAAAAGCAAGGUAAUGCAAACAUUAACAUAAAGUUGGGAGCAUUGUCUUCGUCUCGAGUUAUUUGUCGAUAUUCAGUUGAUGUUGUUUGGAUUUUCUAUAUGGUAGUGGGAAGAAGAGAGGGGUGAAACGUCUUUGUUAUAUCAAGUAUCUAUUUAGAACUUAGAAACCUAGUUGAAGUCGGAUGAUGUGUAACAUUUGCAACUUGUAUUGAUUUGUGCUUAGCAAAUAAUGAAAUGAUUGCAACUGUUUGGUGACUGCCA